UCUAUACCUUCGUCACCAGACAUCCAACGUCCUUGAGCACUGCGAAUUAGUCCAGCACACGCACUGUCCAGUACGCCGACAGACAUCCCCAACACUUGUCUCCGUUGCAAUGGACGACAGCUUGUCCUACCCACCCAUCGACCCCACCAAUUUCGACCUCAUCAUCGUCGGCACCGGCCUCCCGGAAUCCGUCCUCGCCGCCGCCGCCUCCGCUGCCGGAAAAACAGUCCUCCACCUCGACCCCAACUCCUUCUACGGCUCCCACUUCUCCUCUCUCCCUCUCUCCGACCUCACCUCCUUCCUCCAUUCCCAAUCCUCCUCCCACCACUCCCCUCCUCCCUCCUCCUCCGCCGAUUACAUCGCCGUUGAUCUCUGCUCCAGACCCAUGUACUCCGACCUCGACAUCUCCUCCCACUCCCCCGAACCCCUCCAACAUUCCAGAACAUUUAACCUGGAUUUGGCCGGCCCUAGGGUUUUGUUCUGCGCCGACUCGGCCGUUGAUCUCAUGCUCAAAUCGGGAGCGAGUCACUACAUGGAGUUCAAGAGUGUUGAUGCCAACUUUGUGUGCGAUGGCGAUGGGAAGUUGUCGAGUGUGCCCGAUUCGCGAUCGGCAAUAUUUUCGGAUACGACUUUAGGGCUAGCUGUGAAGACGAGGUUGGGGAUUUUUUUUAAGCUUGUUGAUGGGCAUUUGAAAGCUGCUGUUGUUGGUUCAGAUGGUGGUGAGGAGAGCUGUGAUGAGAGUGGUAGGAUUUCUGAUGAGGAUUUGGAGAGUCCGUUCGUUGAUUUUUUGAACAAAUUGCGAUUGCCGCCAAAGAUUAAAUCGACUAUUCUGUAUGCAAUAGCAAUGGCUGAUUAUGAUCAAGACAACAUGGAAGUUUGUAAAGAUUUUCUGAAGACGAAAGAUGGAAUAAAUCGUUUAGCACUUUACCACUCAUCAGUGGGCAGGUUCUUGUUUCUGUUUAUGGUUAAACAUUUAUUCUGUAACCAUGACCACUAUUACUUUAAAAAUGGUCUGCAUCUAAGUGUUCUUCGAAUGCCAGUAAAUGCUCUACUAAUGGACAAGGAUAGUGGGAGUUACAAAGGUGUUAAGGUGGCUUCUGGUCAGGAAUUAUUCAGCCAUCAGAUAAUCCUGGGUCCAUCAUUUAUUGUUCCAUCACCAUUACUUAAAUCUUCCCCAGAUAUCCUGCAAGCUAAAUUAAAAGAUUUUGGCCUACAAGAUUUUAGGGGUAAGGUGGCUAGGGGAAUAUGCAUAACAAAGAGUUCCUUAAAGCCAGAUGUUUCAACUUUUCUGGCAGUAUAUCCUCCUAAAUCUCUGUACCCUGAGCAGGUUGCGUCAAUCAGAGUUCUCCAGAUAGGUAGCAGUUUAGCUGUUUGUCCUUCUGGCAUGUAUGUUUUGUAUCUUUCAACUUUGUGUGAUGAUGCCAUUCAAGGAAAAAAAUCACUGCAUGCUGCUGUAAAUGCUAUUUUUUCAGUUCCUAUUUCUGGAACACCUGAAAAUAGCAACACAGAUGAAAGUGAGAAUGCAGAAGUGAAGCCCACUUUACUUUGGAGUGCUCUAUAUAUACAGGAAAUGGCUACGUGUUCAUUUGAUUCCAUUUUCUCAACCCCUAUGCCAGAUGGGAAUCUAAACUACAAUGACCUUCUAGAUGCAACUAAGAAGCUAUUUCAUAUGAUGUUUCCACAUCAUGAAUUCUUUCCUGAGACAGCCUUCACUGAUCCAGAAGAUGAUGGUGGGUUUGAUCAGAGUCCUAGUGAUGAUUCACUGAACUCUUAGCAGUCUGACCGGGCGAUCAAGUCAAAUUGUUAGGUUUUGCUUAUCCACACUGAUUGGCUUGAGAAUUUGGAGGUGCUUGAAUCAGCAGUCCUUUGUGCAUUGAGUGGACAAGAUUGAUGCAUAGAAACAACAAUUUUCAUCUCUUGAACUGUCUUUUCUUUGAGCAUUUGUCUUUCCAAUUCAACACCAUGAAGCAGAAACAGAAGGAUUGAGCCAAUGUCUUUCAGUUUAGUUGGAUGUUACAUUCGUGGCGUGUACCAUAUGUGUCUUAUUAUCUUUAUACUCUCUGUGAAAUAUUUCGUUGAAGAACAAAUACAUAUUUUAGCAUUAUUCAAGUUGUACAGGUUAAGUCUACAAA